GCCCUGUUGGAAGAUCAUGGCGGUGCAACCAGAGGGGCUGAAAUGUAGGGUGGAAGAGUCCAACGCAGAGAGGGGCACAGCCGAGCCCUUCCUGAGGCUCCACAACUUGUACCCCACCCCACGCUGCGCCAGGCAGGCCGCCCUGCCCAGGCUGAGCCGCCGGGUGGUCAGCCAGCACUCCUACCCGCUGAACCGCUUCUCCUCUGUGCCCUUGGACCCCAUGGAGCGCCCCACCUCCCAGGCGGACCUGGAGCUGGACUACAACCCUCCCCGGGUGCAACUCAGUGACGAGAUGUUCGUCUUCCAGGACGGGCGGUGGGUGAGCGAGAACUGCCGCCUGCAGUCCCCCUACUUCUCCCCUUCCUCGUCUUUCCACCACAAGCUGCACCACAAGAGGCUGGCCAAGGAGUGCCUGCUGCAGGAGGAGAACAAGUCCCUGCGGGAGGAGAACAGGGCGCUGCGCGAGGAGAACCGAACCCUCCGCAAGGAGAACAAGAUCCUGCAGGUCUUCUGGGAGGAGCACCAGGCGGCGCUGGGCCGCGAGGACAGCAGGGCCUCCUCCCCGCUGCUGCACAAGGACAACGCCUCUUCCCUGGAGGCGGUGAAGAAGGACCUGGCCCUGCAGGUGCACCGCGGCCGGGAGAGCAGCACCCUCCAGCUCCUGCGGGAGGAGAACCGCGCCCUGCAGCAGCUGCUGGAGCAGAGAAAGGCCUACUGGGCGCAGCCGGACGAGAAGGCGGCCUCGGCCGAGGAGAUCAAGCAGGUCCCCUCGCCCCACGAGGAGCCCCAUGGGCUGCUGCCGGACCAGGGUGCAGGCCUCUCCUCCCCCUUCGAGGAGCCCAAGGGCCCCCUGGCCCCGCAGGAGGACUCCAAGACGCUCCGGGCCCUGCGCGAGAUGGUCAGCAAUCUGUCGGGGCCGCCCGGGGAGGAGGUGGGCAAGGCGGGCCCGGGCCUGCCCGACGGCAGCCAGUCCCUGGAGCUGCUGAGGGAGAUGAACCAGGCGCUGCAGGCCCUGCGGGAGGAGAACCAGAACCUGCAGGUCCUCCGCGAGGAGAACCGGCUGCUGCAGGAGGAGAACCGGGCCCUGCACGUGCUGCGCGAGGAGCAUCGGAUCUUCCAGGAGGAGAACAAGGCGCUGUGGGAGAACAACAAGCUGAAGCUGCAGCAGAAGCUGGUCAUCGACACGGUGACUGAGGUCACUGCCCGGAUGGAGAUGCUCAUCGAAGAGCUGUAUGCCUUCAUGCCGGCCAAGAACAAGGACCCCAAGAAGCCCAGCAGGGUCUGAGCAACCCCCCCCCCCCCCACAAGGCGCACAGGGGCACCAAGUUCAAGGUGCCAAACAACAUCGCCCGCCUUCCUGUGGUCGCCUCCCCUGCGGCCACCAGUUCGCGCCUGCGCAAGAGCAGAAUGAGCGGCCUGCAGAACUCACAGAAGUAAUAAAGGCGUGAGGAGGCUGGGGCC